UCUCUAGUGCCAGUCCGCCAGUGACACUUUUUUUUGCACACACAAUAACAACUACCACAACAAAAUAACCUCUUAAUUCUAUUUGUUGUUUUCGUUGUGGCCGCCGUGAAAUUCGCAAACUGUGUGUGUGUCCGAGCGGGUGUCCGUGUGUGGCUGUGUUUUGGUAUCCAGAAGGCAGGCAAGAAAGGAGCGACAUUGGAAGCGGCCACUGGAAGAGGAAAACAGUGGAAAUCAUCACCAGUCUCUAGUCAACAAAGCAGACCAAAUGAGCACGCACUUUGCGACUAACAAGCAGCACAAACUAAGCCAAAAAUAAAGAUAAAGAUAAGCGGCAAAAGGAGGAGGAGAAGGAGCGCCAAAGGAGAGGAGGAGAGCAACACUCACACUCACUCGUGCACUGAGAAAAAAGAAUAGAGAUAAAUAACCGGCAGCAAGAUGCGGGUCGUGGCCAUGGUCAGCGGCGGCAAGGAUAGCUGCUACAACAUGAUGCAGUGCGUCGCCGAGGGUCACGAGAUCGUCGCCCUGGCCAAUCUGCAUCCCAAGGACAGAGACGAGCUGGAUAGCUUCAUGUACCAGACGGUUGGCCACAUGGGCAUCGAGAUUCUGGCCAGCGCCAUGGGACUGCCGCUGUAUCGGCGCGAGACCAAGGGCAAGAGCACCCAGACCGGCAAGCAGUACGUGCCCACCGACGAUGACGAGGUCGAGGAUCUAUAUAGUCUGCUGGAGACAUGCAAGCACGAACUACAGGUGGAGGCGGUGGCCGUUGGCGCCAUCCUAUCGGAUUACCAGCGCGUUCGCGUGGAGAAUGUAUGCAGCCGCCUGAACCUGAUAUCCCUGGCCUAUCUAUGGAGGAGAGAUCAGACUGAAUUGCUGCAGGAGAUGAUUGACUGUCAGGUGCAUGCCAUCAUAAUCAAGGUGGCUGCCCUGGGCCUAGUGCCGGAUAGACACCUGGGCAAGUCGUUGCGCGAGAUGCAGCCGCAUCUGCUCAAGAUGCGUGACAAGUAUGGCCUGAAUGUUUGCGGCGAGGGCGGCGAGUAUGAGACCUUCACUUUGGACUGCCCGCUCUUCCGCCAGCGCAUCGCUGUCGAGGAUAUUCAGACCAUCAUUAGCAGUGCCGAUCCCAUUUGCCCCGUGGGAUACAUCAACUUUACCAAACUAACGCUGCAGCCAAAGGAAGCGGCCAGCGGUGCAGCCAGUGUCGUUGUCGGCGGCAGCGGCGGUGGCGGUGGUGGUGGUGGCGGCGAGGUGGUCUUUGUAAAGCGUUCGCUUGACUACAUCAGCGACCUUAAUGAGUCCACGUAUAGUGACCUCAGUGAUCCGGAUUUCAGUGAAACGGAACUGGAGCUGAUCGAGAAGGAGACGCGACUUCGUGAAUCGCUCAGCCAAAGUGAGCUUAUAUCGCGCAGCAACUCCUUUGGCCGCCAUUUGGCUGCCGCCGCCACCACCGCCUCCUCCUCGCCCAUACCCAUUGUCACGAAGAGCGCCAGCGUCGACGAGCCCACAGCGGCGGCGGCGCCGCCAGUGCUAGGAGCACCCACCAGUUCCACAUCCGCCUGUGCAUCGAUGCUGCUGACCGCCACCGAUGGUGGUUCAAGCAGCCUGGCCAGUUCGCAUAGUCAAGGCGUUGGCGGCCAUGGAGGCCAUCAUGGACUGGGCAGCAGCACCGCCGCCGUUUGCGGCUCGCUGUCGCUGGCCAUCUCCUCGCUUGGGCUAAGCGCCAAUACCUGCUGUCAACCGGGCAUCGGAACGGGAGGAGGAACAGGAGCCACACAGCCGCCCAGUCCGCUGACGUACGAGCGGGAAUUCCGUCCAUUGGCCAACGUGGCUAAAGCGGCCAUCAAUGCCAAGGGCUGGAUGUGGCUGGCUGGCAUACAGGGUAGCGGCACUGAGGGCAUGGAGCACGGCAUGCAGCUGGCCCUGGACACGCUGCGCGAUCUCUGCCACUCGAAGGGCUAUGAACUUCAGGAUUUGUGCUACAUCACCCUCUAUGUUCGCUCCAUUGCCGAAUAUCCUGCACUGAAUCGCAUCUACUUGCGCUCCUUCGACUUUCACAAUCCACCGACUCGUGUUUGUGUUGAGUGCCCUUUGCCCGAUGGCUGUCAUGUGGUGAUGGAGGCCAUUGCCUACCGCCAGCCCGUGGCGGGUACGAUAUCCAGUGCCGAGGAGCGUGAUCGUGAGGGUGAGGAGACGGCAGCGGCUUUGCUAAAUGGACGCCGCAACACGAUGCAUGUUCAGGGCAUAUCCCACUGGGCACCGGCCAAUAUCGGUCCCUACAGCCAGUCCACCAGGAUUGGCGACAUUACCUACAUCUCUGGCCAGAUUGCCUUGGUGCCCGGCAGCAUGACCAUCAUCGAGGGCGGCAUUCGACCUCAGUGCAAGCUAACCCUGCGCCACAUCAGUCGCAUUGCCAAGGCCAUGAAUGCCCAUGGCCAGCUCAGGGAUGUGGUCCAUGGCAUCUGCUUUGUUACCCAUCCUGCCUUUAUUGGGGAGGCGCGUCGGCAGUGGGAACGCCGAACGACCAAUGCCAUUAUGGACUAUAUCGUGUUGCCGGCUCUACCUCGGGAAGCUCUCGUGGAGUGGCAGGUGUGGGCGCACACCCACAACGAUCGCUUCGACUAUGAGGAGACUGGCUGCUCGGUGGGUGACUAUACCAUUGCGAUACGACGACGUUGGAACUAUGAGAACAAUUGUGCUGCCAUCGUUUGCUAUGUGUCCACCGGCCUAGCCUCGUCCACCACUCAGCUGACGCAGCUAAGCGACGAUAUCUUGGGCAACCACUGCCGUCUGGCGCAGUCUGUAAGCGCCGAGCAUAUGGACGAGAUACUCACUUAUGUGGUAAAUCGUCUGCUCAAGGAUUAUCCGCUGGCCAAGAAGCACCAACAGCAGCAUCACCAGGUGACAGAGGAAACUACUGCCCCUGGAGAAACCUGUGCUGGCGGGGAUCAACAGCAGCAGCAGCAACAGCAGCCACUGCCGGCCAUACACCUGAAGCUUUUCUAUCAGGUGAAUGCCGCUCCGGCCACGGAUCUGCUGCUCCAGGCGCUGAAUGAUUUUCGAAUCAAAUGCCAGGAUACGGCAGCGAUUGUCUAUACGGUGCUGCCCGCCUGCAGUUUGCACAACUUCAGUACGUUCCUGUCCAUAUGCGGGGUGAGGCACGAGUAGGAGGAGGAGCAUCAGGAUUACACAAACAAUUUGCUGCCAGCGCACCAAGCAAAAAUCUGAUUAUUAUAUAUACAUAUAUAUACAACAAACAGUUCUAUAUAUGUAUAUAUAUUGCAGGGAAAGAAGAGUAAUCUUUGGAUAAGUUCCAGUUCGCCUUUAAAGCUUUUUUUUUUAAUUGUAAAAUUCAAUAAGCACAAAGAUUCCUUUCUUGAUAUAUAUUUAUUAUUAUUAAUUAGUAUCUAUUAGCAAAGUGUAAUUGUUUUUCUAUUUACAAAAUGGAACAAUUAAGCCAAAAUUUAUAAUGAAAUUAGUCUAACAACAUGUCCUGGAUAUUAUCCAUAGAUUAUUUUAACACUCUGCCUACGAUUUUCGUUUGAAAAACAAUUAUUACAAUGUAUAAAAGCUAUAGCUAUACACAUAUACACAUAUAUAUUUUGUUAACUAGCAAAGAGAUGCUGCAGAGCAUCCUGCCUAUGCAUUAGCACACUUUGUGUCGCAGUUUCGGACCAAAAAUCAACUCAACACACACACACACAGCAAAAGAUCUAUGUACGCAACUCAAGUGUUUCAGCAUAAACUAUGAAAACUACAACUAAAACUAAACAAACUCAAUUUAUAUAUAUAUAUAAAUAUCCGUGUGUAUAUAUAAAAACGAGGAAAGCAAAAACCAAUUUUUUGUGUGCACUCUAUUGCCCAAAACUGUAACUAUAUACUCUUAUACAAAACUAUUAACUAUUAAUCGUUUUUCGAUGUGCUUUUUCUUUAUGCUCCAACUUUUUAUAUCUAUAUAUAUACCAUAUAUAUAUGUAUAUGUAAAUCUCAGCGAUUAUUGUUCAACUUAUUUCACACACAAGAAACAAAAAUCGACACAUUUUGAGCUUUAAAAAAAUUAAAUAAAUUAUUGUGAAAUAUAGGGAAACCCGAAUAAGUAGGGAUGCCACAGAAAUUGCUGCCAGAAUUCCAGGAUUCACUCUGGAAAUUGCAUUGGAAGGAUAUCUAGUUUCAUUACCUGUUGGUGGGAUUUUCAAGCAAUAGCGAUUUCUGUUUGCAAACCCCUCUUAAAAUUCAACCGAAAGCGACCUUAGUUUUUAUCGCCCCUUUUUUUAGAUAUUGAAAUUACCGAAUAGCGAGAUUAUUAAAGUUGUGUGUCACAACAACAA